AACAUGUAGAAGCUCAUUUGCCAUGCCGGUGGACGAGCAAUCUGGUGGGUGAUGGCGAGCCAGGCCAUGGUGUAGCCGAACAAGUUGAGCAAUGCGGAGACGAGCAUGGGAGACUUUGAGCUCUUGCGAGAACAAGCUGAAGCUGGUGAGCGUGCCUCCGGUGAUUGCUAUCAGGUAGAAGCCCGACACUGCGAUGAUCCAGCGAUUGCUGGCGAUGGAGAAGAGUUCCUUGGCCAUUGCUAGCGCCAUUGCCGCCAGCGCUGUGAGUCCGUGCCACGACCGGACUUGCGUGGACGAUCUUUCCUGUUCGAUACAAAAACGUGACAAUUCCGAAGUUUCGUGGCUCCAAUUUUCUAUGUCGUGGGUCAACUAAGUUGAGCAUUGACGCUUGAUGUGGAUCUGGGGCAGGGUCAGAUGCGGACGCUGGUCAAGUCACGGGUACGGAAAAGUCUACAAAUUGGUCUUGAGCGGGGGCGGAUCCGGAAUCGGCGCAAUGGUAACGUUUUUAUCAUCUUCGUGCUGCCGACCUGAAAAUCUUAUUUUUUGCAACUAUAUAAGCAGGGCACUGGGAGGACACUGAUAUCCGCAUCUCAAAGUUGAGAAAGCCUAGCAUCCAAGCAUACAAUCUUUCAUCUUUCAAGCUUUCUUGGUUACACAGUCCCAUCCAUGGCUGGCAUCAAGGCAUUUGUUGACAGCUGCAACGGGAUGCUGGACAGCGUUCCAGACAGAUACAUGAUGCCGAAUGAAGCUGCCGAUGUCUCCCGGUACGCGGUGCUGCCGAUAGUCGAUGUGGCAAGCGAGAGCUUCGAGAGGGAUCUCGUUGACGCUUGUACAAAGUACGGAAUUUUCUACCUCAAGAACCACGGAAUUCACACCGAGGAUGUGAUGAGGUGCGCUCUCGAGUUCUUCAACUCGCCCAGCCAGGACAAGAUGCGAUACUACACCGAGGAGAUCUUCACACCCGUCCGCUACUGCACCAGCAUGAUGCCUUCGAAAGAAGAGAAGCUCGAGUGGCACGACCACCUCCAGAUGUGGCUCAAGGAAGAGUCCCUCGGAGCGCACCCCUGGCCCGCGUUCCCAGCCAGCUACAAGGACGUUGGAUCCGAGUACGCCAGAAACAUCUUCAAGCUCGGGAAGAGGAUGCUGUUGGUCAUGUCCGAGGGACUUGGCCUCCGCUCAAACCGUCUUCUGGAAGCAUUCGCAGACAUGGUUCUUCUGACGAGAGCAAACUUCUAUCCGGCUUGCCCGAACCCGAGGCAGGCCUUGGGCAUGGAAGGCCACACUGACAGCGGCGGCCUCACGUUUGUGCUCCAGGAUGGAGUCGGGGGAUUGCAGCUGAAGCAAGGCGAGGAUUGGUACAACGUGAGGCCACUCGAGGGAAUGCUGGUGGUCAACAUGGGCGAUCAGCUAGAGAAGCUCAGCAAUGGGAGAUACAAGAGCAUAUUGCACAGGGUGAUGGUGAACUCGAAGAGCUCAAGGCUGUCCGUUGGGGCGUUCCUGGGGCCGUCACUAGACGCGGAGAUCAGCCCGAUUCCAGAGCUGGUGAGCCGGGACAGUCCAGCAAAGUACCGCAGCAGGACUUAUAGGGAUUACAUGCACGAGGUGUACACGGAGCACUUCUCCGGGAAGAAUGUCUAUGUGGCUUGAGUCUUGGGUAGUCAAAGGCACCAAUUUUUUCUCAUUCUCACAAAUAAAACAGUUGCAAGAAAUGUUUGCUCACAAGGAUCUUAGUUUGAUAAGCAAAGAUUUUAUCACAAUAUUAUAUAGAGGUA